ACACUUACCAACUAUUCAUCUGAAACUUCGUCGUUUGGCUUCUAGUUUUCCCAAACGUCGUCGUUUAAAAUUAAUUAUAAUUCGACGAGCCAUUUUAAUAUUUAUCCUUGUAAUUAUUUCCUCUCCUCUUUUUUGGAUAGUAAUAUCCCAAUUAUCCUAUUAAUUCAUAUUCUUUUCUGCUAUUCCCUUCCCAUAUAGAGAGUUUCCUCUUUGUUUUUCUCAGACAAAAAUCAAAACCCAUACUUGGAUUUUCCCGGAAAAUCAAAAUAAUAAACUCGCCAUUUUCAAACUCCAAAACCCAUUUGAACUUUCAGUUCUCUUUAAAUGGGUUUUCAGCCAAGCUUUGUUAUGGUCAUAGUUGCUCUGUUUUUCAUAUUCACUGUUGCCUCAGCUUCAUGUUCCGAUGGGCAGUGCCAGUUACUAGAUGAAUGCUCAAGUGAUGGAGACUGUGCUCCUGGAUUGUAUUGUUUUUCUUGCAUCGAAGGAUUUUCAGGAUUGAGAUGUGUGAGAUCGAAAAUCACAGACCAAUUCAAGCUUCUGAACAAUUCUCUUCCUUUCAACAAAUAUGCUUUUUUGACAACCCACAACGCUUACGCAAUUGAGAAUGAGCCAUCUCACACUGGGGUCCCUCGCUUCACUUUUACAAAUCAAGAAGAUACCAUUACUCAGCAGCUAAAUAACGGAGUACGAGCCUUAAUGCUUGAUACCUAUGAUUUUAGAGGAGAUGUUUGGAUGUGCCAUUCUUUCGGAGGAAAAUGCUACGACUACACUGCUUUUGGACCAGCUAUAGAUACAUUGAAUGAAAUAGAAGCAUUCUUGGCAGCCAACCCAUCAGAAAUUGUGACAUUGAUCUUAGAAGAUUAUGUUAAAGCCCCAAAAGGUUUGAGUAAUGUGUUCACCCAAGCUGGGCUAAUGAAAUACUGGUUUCCCUUACAAAACAUGCCCAAAAAUGGUCAAGACUGGCCACUAGUCAGUGACAUGGUGUCUAAUAGCCAAAGGCUUAUAGUGUUCACUUCAAUUCAAUCAAAGGAACAAACUGAAGGAAUUGCAUACCAGUGGAACUACAUGGUUGAAAAUCAAUAUGGGGAUGGAGGAAUGAAAGCAGGAAGUUGUCCCAACAGAGCAGAAUCUCCAGCACUUGAUGACACGAGUAAACGUUUAGUGUUGGUUAACUAUUUUGAGUCAGUUCCCAUUAAACAAACCACUUGUAAACACAAUUCAGGGGACCUCAUUAACAUGAUUCGUACUUGUUACGGUGCUGCUGGAAACAGAUGGGCUAAUUUCGUAGCAGUCGAUUAUUACAAGAGGAGUGAGGGGGGAGGAUCAUUUCAGGCUGUAGAUACGCUUAAUGGGAAGCUCUUAUGUGGAUGUGAUGAUGUCCACUCAUGCGUGCCAGGAUCAUCUUCAGCAGCCUGUACUCCCUAGGAGAAAUAGUAUGCAUUAGUUAUUGUAAUUGGGUGUUAAUGGUAAAUAACACUCAUAAUUCAUAAAUUUAUACUCAUAAGGUGGGUUCAUAAUUCAUAAAUUUAUACUCAUAAGGUGGGUGGGUAUAUAUUCUUUCAGAGUUAAUUUAUAUACACAGGUGUGUUGACGUCGCUGAAUUAAAAAACAGUCAAAAUUAAAGCAUAGAGAAUAUGUUGGGUAAUGACACGUCUCCUCAUAAUAUUAAAAUUAUCAAUCGGAAGAAAUUUAUAUAUGAAGGACGGCUGCAUUCUUCUUCAUGCCAUACAGAACUUAUUUGGACCAAUUAAAAGAGAAACAUUCAAAUGUACAUAUAGGGUUCGUUUGUAACGCUGUAUUGUAAUGUAUUAUAUUGUGUUAGAUUGUAUUGUAUUAGUAUUAUUUAAUACAAUACAAUAUGUGGUAUUGACUUGUAU